AUGACUGUGGUAAUAUUUUGCCCUUACUCUGAAGCUGGCUGGGAAGUCCAAAGAUGCUGGAAGAAUGACGUAGGACACUGUAGAAAAAAAUGUCGCUGAGAUGAGAGAUACAAGCUUUUUUGCAAGAACAAGCAAACAUGCUGCAUUCCCUUGAAGGAACAAAUAUUCACUUCAGGGCAGCCAAUUGAUAAUGUUGAGAUAGAAGAAUCAGCAACUUUGGAUCCUUUUGCACUUCCCACCAUGAAGGACUAUGUUACUUUUCUAUUUCCAGAUGCACCACUAUAUAUAAAACCCAAGUCAACUUCUCCUUCAAAAACCACACCAUAUUCUCCUGAGACAGCUACCAUCCUCAGUUAA